GGAUUUCUGGGUCCUCCCAUCAUCUUUUCGCGACCACAACAGCUGCACGAAACACAAGACAAACACGUUUUUUCCGGGGCGCCUGUGGAAUCCCGUUUUUACCACUCGUCCGCCGUUGACGACGACGACGACCGUCGAGGCUUGGGCGCUCGAGAUCCUGUCCUGGUCGUCGGCCGUCGACAAGCCGCACCCCGGCAUUUACCUGUCUUCUCUGGCCCCGCCCGUCCCCUCUUGACUGCCUCGUGUGCGCUCCGUUUGUCUCUGAGCGGAAGCGCCGUCGCUCUUUCCCUGCCUUUCCCCUCAGGACUUAACGUCCGCCGCCCGCCGCCGGCCUUCCCAGGCCUGUAAUCUGUUCUCUCUUUUCUCACGCCCUUCUCUUCACUUUCCUCCUCCUUUCCUCCUUCACCUCUCACCUGCCCCUGCAAGCACUAUCGCACCCGGGCCGCCCCUCGCUCACCUCCACCCUUGCGGCCCCCCUCCCUCUCCACGCAGUCGAGGAUCCUCUGCCCGGUCCUGCCACGGACCGUUUGGUCUAGCGCUUGCCGACGCACUGGACUCCGGGGAAACGCAUCGCAUUCGCUCCAGCACCGAUUGAGCCAGCCAGCUCCACCAUCGAUUCCUGGGACCACCACUCCUGCCGCCUGUCGGUCUCUGCGUUGUCGCACAAACUUGGGCGCUCGCCUACCAUCUAGCACAGCUCCAGCAGUGCAAUCACUGGGUACCACUGAAGGCUCGCCUGAUGGCCGCCGGCCUCCCCGUCUCUGGCGCGCACCGCAUACUCGCCUAGGCGCCCAACUCACUAGCGAAUUUCCUCGAACCUGGCUGCCGGGACACGUCCGCAGCUAUUCCUGCCCGCAGCGAUCCUGUCCCUAGCAGGCUGAGCCGGCUACCUUGCUCGCGAGGCGCAUCUCGCCAGCCAUCCUCGAGCAACGGGAAGCAGGCUGCGGCGCCUAAAUCACCCCUUGCAAGCGGCGAGCUUGGUCAGUCGCACUGCUGCUCCAGGACGACGCGGCAUCGAAGCCUUGCUGGCCUCCUCACCAGCUUGCCCGUCAACGGUCAAACUCGUCACUGCCAGCCGGGCCACAUCAGCCUUGUUACACCGCCCGGGUACCCACACCGGUCCGCACCAUUGGGCUCGUCAUAAGCCACAGUGAAAGAGACACGACGUGGUUGCACUGGCUGCAUUGCUGGUCCGACCAGCGCGUGCACACGUUGCCAGCCGUGGGCAGUGUGUUUUGGGCAGCUCAGGUGCCAGGUGAGGCGCGAUCAGGACGCUCACAUGGGCGGUCCACUGAUCGAGGACGGCCGCCCUGCAAAGCGCAUCAAGCUUGAUGCGCCGUCGCAAGACCGUCACCGUCCCAACCCAGUUCACCACCAAAUCUGCCUCGACUCUCAUCCCCAUGCCUCCUCCUCAUUGCAUUCUGGCGAUCCGACAGCGUCCUGGCCUCCGUCACUACCGCUGCAAACACAACCGCAGCAGCAGCAGCAGCACCAGCCGCCGCCGCAACAACAACACCAACAGCAUCCGUCCUUGCUGCGGGGACAUCUUCCUGAAGUUGUCGCGCCGGCAAUAUCUACAACAGAACCUUCACCAUCGUCUCGUUCACUGCCUGGGUAUCACCACCAAGGCCAGGUGCUGCAAGCUCAAUUGCCACGCCGCGACCUUCAUCCCCCACCGCACCAAGAGCAUGCUGCCGCUCUUCCCACGACCAUAACGAUGGUACCAGUGUCUCCUGGGGAGGAUCUGCAAGCGCUUUGGUCCACUGGGCCCGAUGCCGCGCUCGACGGCUCGUGGAAGUGGCCAUCGUCAUCUCCAGCACCUAUGGCUUCGCAAAUGCUUGUCGCCGUGCAGCCGUCAAAUGCGCUCCCGUUCAACAGUCUCGACGUCUUCCCCGCACCUUCGCUAUCGGCAUCAACUAUACACAGCGAGUAUCAAACGCCGCUAUCAUCAGCGAUUACCGAUGUAGAGGUUGAUGGCCCCUCAGCCACGACGCGACUGCCCUUCACGCGCCCCAGUCCUCAUGCUUACAAGCGGCCGCGCUAUGCUGUUUCCUCCUCAAAUGAGACAGUAUCAAGUUCUUCCUACAAACCGCCGAAAUUCCACAGUCGCCGACCUACUAGUCGCGAUAGUCUCAUCAGCCCCUUCAAAGACUGUCUCGGCAGGUUUGGGGAAGCCAACAGGCGCCGAUUCGACCGCCCGUUCGAUGGCAAAGUCAACGGUUACAUCAAGUUUAACUGGCCAAAGGACAAGCAAUCCCGACGAUCAUCAUCUGUGCAGGCGAUCUCAGACGUCCCCGAUGUCGCAGAGGCCACGGGAUCGGGCGCCGAAGUUGAGUCACCGAGGACGUCCUUGACCCCUGUAGGCCCUUUGCCAGUGUCAGGGCCUACAGCGAACGCUGCUAUCGUCUUUGUACAAGACCUCGACUACCAUGGCUUCGACUUCUCAGGCUUUCUACAGCACAGCCCCAGCCCAACGGAAGGGUUCAGUCCAAUACUAUCCCAAUCGACAGCUGAAUUCUCAACGGACGUUGCCCCUAUGGGCGCCCCUAGAAUGGUUCCAAAACUUUUCGGAUACGAGGCAAAAAUGGACCAAACGGAUAGGAAGUUCUGGACAUUUUACAUCAAGAAUUGGUGUCCAGGGAGGAGCGUGCUCCAGGAAACGAAUUUAUGGCUCAAAGACUUUGCCCAGAUGCACAAGAGCGACGGUGUCAGAGCUGCGAUUCAAAGUCUUGCUGGAAUAUAUAUCUACGACUACUUGCCCAGGGACGAUGUGCGCAAGCGCGUCAACGAGAGGUUCUUUGAGGCUGAAUCGCGGCUCAGCUCGCUCCUAGCUGAUCCCGCUACCACAACCAAUGAAGGCCGAGCCAACGAGCUCAUCACCAUUGCGGUGAUUCUGUCUAUGCAGGAUAUUGUGUUGACGGAGCGUCGACUUGCGAGGCCAUCCAUGCCUCGAUGGCUUUCUGGCUUCCAACAGGGUGAAUUGUUCUUGCAGGCAACAGACCAAGGGUCACGGUUUUGGAAGCGCUCCAACGCGCAACUCUCAUCGCUUCGCAUAUCACAAUCGAUUAUCGUCGGUCGAGCCGUGAUUUUGGCCCAGCCUAUGACAGAACUUCCAGCGCCUGCGACAUUCGAUCCAGAAGCUGAAGCCUCUCGAUUUGGCUGGCUUUUAUAUGGAUCAGAGAGCGACAUGUACCAGAUCCACGGCGGCUGUGGGUUCUCCAAAAAGCUGCUGCAUAUCAUGAGCCAAAUCACGUAUUGUGCGGCACGCCUGCAGCAAGACCCGGAAAACAUAGUCGUGCCGAUGACCACGCAGUACCUUUUGAAAGAGUUGGUGCAGAUGAGACAGUGGAGCAGCGAAUCCAAAGACUGGAAGAGUGCCAAGGCUGGACCGUCUGUGGCAGAUUGGCUGCGUGGCAUGCCCGCAGGUUACCAGAUUGACACAUCUGCCGAGAUGACGGAUGUGACGGCCGAGGCUUGGAGACUGACGGCUAUAAUCUACCUACAAUGCCGCGUUCUACGAUUGCCUCGAAGUCACCCUGAAGUGCUGGCCACAAUGUCCGAUUUGGCAGCUUGCAUCAAGGUAAUGCCAACGUCUGGCUUCCAGUUCACAGCACAGGCGCCACUGUUCCCAGUCUUCCUGCUGGGGCUGCUUGCGACGAGACCAAGUCACAGGGCGGCGUCUAAGACGUGGUUCGACGAGGUGGUCUCCACCCCCGUCAGAAGUAGUGUUCCACCGCUCUAUGAAGCGCUUCAGCGUAUUUGGCAGUGGAUCGACAAUGUCAUUGCGAUUACCACGUCAACGAGCGUCGAGGCUGAGCCCAUAGGCCAUCGCUUUGCCUGGUGGGAACAACUUGUCGCAGAAGUUACCGACCGGGAAAACGAAGUGCUAUGCUUAACGUAAGAAAACCGAAAGCAGGUCUAUCUACCAGUCUGUGCGAAUCGCGCGGCAACUGCCCGGAAGCGUUCGCCCCCUCGGUGCGUGCGUGUUUGAAGCCGACACGAACUUCUAGGAGAGACCCGACACUGCACUAUCGGCGUCUUCACACUGGUCCUCCUUGUCCUUGGUCUUUAAUAAGUACUGGACUGAACACGUUUGGUCAGCCACGUGGUUCUGCAGCGUGUCGACGGCGGUAUGACUUACAAAAUUGUGAGUUCGGCGUUUGCCAGGCGUCCACGACAGUCAAGCCCGCCUUGGCGCACAUAAGUCUGACGCUGUCCUCGCCGUACUUGUGGGAAUCAAACCAAUCAAGUUCCUGUCCAGCCUGAAUGAUUCGACCAAGCUUUCUCAACACCACAUCACGCUUCGCUCGGAAGAAGAACCGAUGACGCGUUGUUGGCUCCUUCUCCAGCUGGGCCAGGAACUCCCAGUCCUGUUCGCAAAACCAUUUCUCGCCCACUAGGCGGUUCGCGUGCUCAAAGCCGUUCAGAAAAAAGCUGCGAUAUAGGUCGUCCCGAGAAUGGUAUGCUGCCCAGAUUUUGGCCUCGUCGCUGGGGAGCAAAUGACCGUCCAUUCCGACUAAGAGCAGAUCGUGUGGUCUCAUGCCUUGUGCCCAGUACUUCAGGUGAUUCAGUGCUUGCAGCCAUGGAUCAUUACAGAGGACUGAACCCAGCGAUACAAAGAGGCGAGGCGUUUCAAUAUCGUCAACGUACUCCUUACCGUCCUGAAAGGUCCCCCACAAUCCAACGCAGUCGACCAUCGAGUCGGGCAUGGGAUGCUUAUCCACCAAGUACGCAAUGUUGUGGGCCAAAGAGGCCUUCGAGAUGUCUAGGGCAAGAUACGUUGCGGGUUUCCUGGCCGAUUCGAACGCGGCCAACAGAUGUUCAACCUUUCGGGUAUCGCUUCAGUCGGGAGUCCGUCAGUCAGCAACAUGUCCAGCUCAGGCACCUCUGUUACAGAUCAUUCUGGAACUUACCCCGCGCCGAGGUCGAUGAUGGUUGUACCCGCGCCGAGACGAUCAACAAUUUUGGCGCCGUGCUGGCGAAAUAGCUCAAUCUCGUCAUGCGUCUGGUAGAAUUCGGGAGUGAAAAUGAUCUUGUUCCAAAUCGGCAGGCCAAUGUCAUCGUAUAGAAGCUCGUCUGGCAACGUCGGCUUGUCUCGGGGAUUAUACACUGCCGUCAGGGUACGCUCAAGCCUCUGGCCAACGUUGCCAUGCAUUGCACUUCCCCCAAUGUCCACGACGUCGCCAUGGGCCGGGAAACCCGAUUGAGGCGUCAUAUCUCGGUCGAACCUCUCUGGGAGCCACUGAAAAAUUGACGCCGUCGAGUAACCGGGCCUCGGGCUCAAGAAUCCCUGGGUUUGCUGUCGAUCAGUUUGCGUGGACUGCUAGAGGUCCGCCUUGCCGGUACGCCCACAAAGCGUCUUUGUCAAAGGCUAAACGGCGUGAUAUCGCGAAAAAACCAGGAACCUGGUGGCGAUGAUCAGGUACACAAGUGAUCACGACCUGUGGUUUGGUGACGAAGAUUCGCGAAACAGAAGCGUCGGGUCGAGAGAAAGUAGUGAGUGAAGCUGGUUGAUUUUGCCUCGCGGGUAGGGCGUCGCCAGUUCUCCCCACUUCAACCAACGGACGGGCGACUUGCUGGCUGCGGGACUGUUGCGAGUUGAUGUCUCUUCACGCGGUGCCGGCAAUACCACAGAUUUUACCCAGUCCUCGGUGCCGAACCGAAUGAAGAAAAAAAACGCCAGCGUGCGUGGUGCCGCGAGCAGUGUUUUGAGCAAGCGAGCAGAUGGCUGGUCAGGCUGGGAUGAUGACAACUCUGUAUUCACGGCAGGAGCACUGCAGCCGCGUCUAGGUAGGUGCACCACCGCGCUCCGCUCCAUAUGCGCAACGAUCUCGGGGCUCGCCCUGAUCACGACGAGACCUGGCCAGAAGAGGUUGGCUGCACAUUAGGUCCCUGCAAGAGGGGUGGUAUCAC